AUGUACCCGGCCAUGUUCAGCUUCAGCUAUCCCAACGGCGAACCUCAGACCCCGACGAGGACUCCUACGACGGCCGCCUUUGACUCGUUCACGACUCCGAAACUCGAGUCUAGCUUCUUCGACCCUCGAGUCACCUGGGAUACCGCCGACCCAUAUGCCUCUAGUCCCGAGUUCCUUCGCUCGCCGCACAAGUUUCGUAUCAAUACGCCCUCCAACCUUUUAAGAGCAGAGACUUCUUCAACGGAUAUCAGAGAUGGAAGGGGCUCAGAGAAUACCGAUACGGCCAGGAGGAUUCGCCCUAUGAAGCCGAUGCCCACCAUGAGCGAAGAUGGCCCCAGGACGGUGGAUUCAGCGAAAUCGGCAGCAUCAAUGCAAACCCCGCCACCGACCAGUGCGUCAAGACGGAAGAUUCCCGAGUUCGAGUCCAUGGGCAGUGUCGGAAGGGGGACAACACCGCGGGUGGCUAAUCAUUUAGAAACUCCGAGUCGUCUUCUAGGGGUAUCUCCUCGACUGUUCGGCAAUCUUCAGUCUUCCCCAGACCUCUUCCAGUUGGCUUCUUUAGAUCCCACGGGUUCUCCCUUCUUCCCACAACAGCGACUGUUUUGGGACCAAGAGCAGGAUCCGUCUGUAAAUGGAUUACCGUCACUAGACUCGGGUCGAGGCAAUACUCAUGUGGAACGACUGCCUGCUCACGCCUCUAUCAAUGCGAACAUCCCACAACUCCCCACCAUUGAUGGCUCCAUGGAUCUACCUGAAUUCACCAACGGUGGAUUUGGCAUCUCCUUAGCUGCUCCAACCGAUGCAGCUGUGUUUCCCGCUCCCUUCUCGACCUCCCCGCGUAUCCCCGUUACUAAAGCCGACGACCCAGCGAUGUUUCUGAGCUCCCCUGCCCGACGAUUUGGCGGGCCUCAAGUCACGCCGGAAAGGCGGCCCGGGAUGAGGCAGCCUUAUCACCAUCAAAUCGAAGAAUCGAAACGGGAGGAACUUCGUCGAGCCCAGGGCUAUGAAGGCCAACGUCCUGGUUCAUUUUCGAGCUUCUCCGGGGAUGACGAAGAUGACGAUUUCACCCCUCGUGGCCGGCCAGGUCUUACUCGGAGUGUGACCCAUACGGCGAUCACGAGCUCCUCUCAUCGUCCACUCAGUCGAUCCAGCGGCAUCAUGGCCACGACGAGUGGUAUCCGCAAGAGUCCUUCCAAGGGCCGGUCUUCUCCCAUCAAGACUAUGAGACCGGCACCGUUGGCACGGUCUAAUUCAGUCGCCACGGGCAUGCCAACUCGUUCGCAGUCGGUGGUGUUGAAGAUUGGCAAGGACGGUCGGGCCAAGGCGGAAAUGCAGCGUCUCGACCAGGGCCCUACAGGGUUGACUGAUCCCUUGACUGGUAUGGACCUUGAUGGUUCUGCCACCGAGAGUGAAGCCGACCCUGCCGAGUACUCUGAAUAUCCCGUUCUGCCUCGUCCACAGUCAUCCUCGUACGGUCUCUUUGACAGCGGUCGGCCCUCCUUGUCCCGUAGUGAUUCGGGCUCUCGCCCUCCCUCUAAAGGAUCGUAUGCGUCUACGGUGGGUUCAUCUCACUCAGGACGCAUGUCUCCCUGGGCGGGUUCCUCUCGCGGUAUCUCGAGCCGAUCCACCUAUCGGGGCUCUCCCGAGGCCAUAAAGCGGACGCCUAGCAAGCGGCAUUCAUCCCUACUACAUUCGGAUGCUACAUUUACCCGGGGUAGCGUUGCUUCUCAGACGCUACCUGGCGAAGAAGAUGACAGUGGCGAUGCCACUCAUGCACUUCGACAGGUGCUGAAAGACCGCGGACGGGGCCCUAGGCCUUCUACUGGUGGUAGCUACGGUGCUCGUCUUCCGCGAGCUGCUACCUUUGCUCACAUCCGCUCUUCCCCUCCUCGACUCCAUAGUGACUUUGAUAUCCACCCAUCGCAUCAUUCAAAUCACUCCCCCACUACCUUGACCGACCCGGACUUGGCCACUCCCAGCACCGACCGUCAUAGCAACCCCAGCAACGGAACACGCUGCGUUUGCAAUUCGAUGGACAAUGGCGGCCAUCUCAUGAUUCAAUGCGAAUCCUGUACACACUGGCUCCAUACGAAAUGUGUCGGUCUGGAGCGGUCCAACCUGCCCUCCUUCUACGUCUGCAUGUUUUGUGCCCAAACCCCCUCUCGUGUCCGGUCCGGGUAUGCACCAGGCGGGGGUCCCCCUUCCCCUUUGGCGCAUAAAUCCUUUCGAUUCCGGUAG